GUUAAUUCUUAUUUCAUUGGAAUCCCUUUAGUGUGAGAAGCUAUCUAUUACAGUAUCGCAGUAGUCUAGGCGGCAGACGAAAGCGGUGUCGAUGAUGUCGAGUGUCCUUGGGAGAUCAAUAGACGGGGCGAGCUCCUCACUGUAGCACCCUUUGGCCAUAUAUUCCACGUCCAGGGCUCUCACCAGAUUCCCUUCCCUUUCAUUGCGCUUGAUCGCGACCGCUCCUUAACAUAAUGCUGGGUCAACUCGUGGGUUCCGCCAUGCUCUUGGCCGCAUCCGCUAUCUUUCUCUACUACACCGCGUGGACGUUGUUGAUGCCCUUCGUUGACCCCGGCCAUCCUCUCCACGACCUCUUCCCGCCGCGUGUUUGGGCGAUCCGCAUCCCCGUCAUCCUGACUCUUCUAGGCUCGGCCGUGGUGGGCACCUUCAUAGGCAUUGUGAUGAUCAACAGCAACAAGAAAAAGGCUGCCAAGGCCAAGGCUGCGGCGAAGAAGAAGACCUAAAGAUGAUGCGACGGAUCGAAAAGGAAGGGGGGGGGGGGGGGGGGGGGGGGGGGGGGGGAGCAGAGGAAAGGGAAUGACUGCGAUCGCAUGCUACGGCUCCGAGAGGGAGCCAUGUACCACCACCACCACCUCUUGUGUAUACCCGGGACUGUUUUUCUCUCUUGAUUUCACGAUGGAAAAAGAAAGGGUCGAUCAGCGUUUUUACUAGAUAUUUGAAAAAAAAAACAAAAGAAUGUUGCUUCUUCUCCAGGAUGUUUCCCGCGCAUGAGCCCUUUAUGAAGGAACUGUCAACGACCCAACAGGCUUCCGAGGUCUGGUGUUUAGAGCGGCCCAGUAUGGCGGGCUGGAGGCCCUGAACUCGAGGCCUUGGAAUGCACGUAUCGGAGGAUGCAG